ACUAACAGCAUGUCAUAUCCACGCAGCUUAUUGUCACCUGCCACCACCCCCUCUCGUCACCCCCUCCCCCCAUUCCCGCUGACCUGAGUGCGCCUCUGUCCGGCCCGUACGGCAUGGAAAACCGGCGCGGUGGCUGUAGUGACGCGCUCGGAACACCCCUAGAGUCCUGUUUACGUUACCGUCACCCGCCCCGCCGCGCCGGCCCGCGGGUGGACAGUCUAGUCUCACAACAGACGUGAGCAGGUGCGGCCGCGUGUGAGAACUCCACAGGUGUGAGAUGUGGGUGAGAACGGUGCUGCUGCUCACCUCAUCCUGGCUGGUAUGGGCGUCACAAGAUGCACCGGCAUACGCUAAGCAGCAGCGACAAGAUCUGACCUCGCAUGCAUAUCAGAGAACUGUGCGGUCUCCCGAAGAGCGAUGGGCCAGGUUUACGACCGGGAUCAACACGAGGGAAGGUCAGCUGCUGUUACGAACUAAGCGAGGCAUCAAGGAUGGCGAUGGUCACGUGAUCACAUCGUUCCGGCAUAUUUCUGGAAAGGCGCUCAACGUGGCCACCAGGCUGGUCACUGACAUUAGUAUGAGGGACUGCGCCGUGCAUUGCAUUCAUGCCCAGUGUAAAGCCUGGAGCCACAAUAAUGCAACAAAUGAGUGCCGCUUUCUCAAGGCUAAAUCUGACUACGUGGCAGUGCCUGUUGUCCAGCCUCAUUCGGACUUUUUCGAGAUAUCUCUGAAGAACCUGGGAGCGACCAUCAUCACCUUCCUGUUCCAGGGCGCCACUUCUCAUAACAUUGAUGUUCGCCCGGAACAGAUUCGGCUCAUCAGCGAUCCGCUGGCGCCGGAAAAUGUCCUCACCGAUCACCUAGAGCCCCUGCCUCCCCCUCCACCCACCACCCCCACCCCGGUCACCCAGCCCCCCUCCCACCCCGAACCCCCUGUGGAGGUCACCACCCCCGCGCCUCCCGACGCGCCCACCCCCGUACCCGACCUGUCAUACCAUUUCAACUUUCCGACACAAUGUGGUGUGAGGCCCACGUUCGGUCUUAGCGACUUUGAGCGACUACUAGAGCCCUCUGGAAACCGGGAGAGAACUAGAGUUGUAGGGGGCACUCCGGUCGCUACUGGCACCUAUCCCUGGCAGGCGCAGAUAGAGAUAUCCAACGAGCGCGGUUCCGGCUACGAGCACAGCUGUGGCGGUAUAGUGAUCUCGGACGACCUGAUUCUCACGGCGGCGCACUGCCACACAAAGCACGAGAACAACUACCAGGUACGAGUGGCUCAGAAUGACCUGCAGAACCCGGACGAUCCCGAUGAGCGUGUACUGGCGGUGGAGAGCGUGUACCGGAACCCCGGUCACCGCCCAGACCUCCAGCAGGGGCAGCGGAACGACAUCGCCAUGAUGCGUCUCAAGUUCCGCCGCGGGGAGCCCCACGGUCUGAGGUUUAGUGACUACAUUCAACCUCUCUGCCUGCCCGCCCAGAACACCACGCUGGUGAUAGGACAGCAGUGCCAGAUCUCCGGCUGGGGUCUUGUGGACGCCAACCAUCCCAAGUCUGCCGACUACGCGUCUCGCUUCCUCAGAGGCGCUUUGAUCGAGAUUCUGGACCCUGCCAUCUGCCGCAGGGCCUAUGGAAACAGAUUUGACGAGCGUCUGAUGAUCUGCGCCGGGAAAGAGGGAGGAGGAGUGGACACCUGCUCAGGAGACAGCGGUGGACCGCUCAGCUGCCGGGAUAGCUUCGGUCGGUGGUUCGCCGCCGGUAUCGUGUCGUUCGGCUGGGAGUGCGGUGCGGCCGGACACCCGGGAGUCUACACCCGAGUCAGCGCCUAUCUGGAGUUUGUCCACCGCACGGCCGCCUUCCUCACCGACGUAGAGGUCGUGGUGUGACCUGGGUCAGGUCGCACGACCGUGCAGGUCAUUGAGUCAUGAGUCUCUGAGAGAUUUGGCGCGGGGUUUUUAUGGCAUAAUGGCGUCAAGUUUUUGAAUGUGCUCAAACUAUUGAAAUGUAUUCUUUUAUGCGAACUUGACUUGUUUUUUUUUUCAAUCGUAGCCUGUUAUAUGAAAUGUGACGAAACACCUUGUUAGGCUGUGGGACGUUUGUACUUAUUUCUUCUGGUCCUUUUAAGGAGAUAUUUAAAUACACCUAACGAAUUUGGACGAAUUGGACCUAACGAAUCACUCACCUAAUUCACUUGGAAUUGGCGAAUAUGAAAAAAGACGAACACUUUAUCUACUCUCAAUGGUAAAGGCUAUGAUGGUAAAGAUAUGACGCAACAGAUGUAUUUUGAUUUGUUUUGUUUGCAUUUUUAUGAGGGCUUCCAACGAAACGCGACAGUGACUGCUGUAUGCUCUGAGAUUUGAGAGAGAAAAAUGCAUGCGAAAUGUUUUAGCAUAUAAACGCAUUGCGCGAAGCAUAAUGUUGUUUUAAUAAAUCGGACGGACGUGCUGA